GUUACUGGCCAAAAGCGGUAUAGCGCUUGAAACGUCGUCUUCAAAUCUACCGUACUUAGUAUGCGGACCGAGGUGUUUGACAACACUGCAAACACUUUUACAACCAGCUCCGUAUGACGCGCCGCCAACCCAUAUCCAUAUGUCCAGCCGUUCGCGCUUAGAAGCAGCCAAGAAUACGUCAACUUAAGAGCGCGUUCGACUCUUCCCCGUAGAUAAAAUCGUUCUUCCGCUCCUCCCGACCUGAACGUCGCUCGAAUGCCUUACAACAAUACUCCAAUUGCGCCCUCGCAGGAGGUGAGCGGGCAGGUCUCUCUACCGCUCGCACGCGUCCAAAAGAUCAUCAACGCCGAUGCGGAACGCCCCCAUGUCUCCAAAAACGCCGCCUUCGCCAUUGCCCUCGCGACUGAGAUGUUCAUCCAGCACAUGGCGGUAACCACUCACAACGUCGUCAAAGCCGAGCGCAAACCCCGGCGAAACAUCCAGUACCGCGAUGUAGCGUCUGCCGUGGCGAAGACGGAUAAUCUCGAGUUCCUCGUUGAUGUGGUCCCACGCACGAUGACGUAUAGGGAAUAUAAACAGAAGGUAGCGGCAAGUGGUAAAGGGGUUGGGAAGACGAGCGAGGCCGUGGGGACAGAGACGGUGCUUGUUGCUGAGGGAACUGCUACUACUGCUCCCUUGAAUGGGAAUGGGAGCAUAGAGAAGGAGGUGCAGGAGCCGGCAGACAAGAUGGAGUUGGACGGUGAUGUGACAGAGAGUGGUCCGGAGGAAGACGACGAGGACGGCGCGGCCAUGCAGCUGGAGAUGGAGAUGCGGGGCGGGAGGGCGAAUGGAACAGGUCCCGUGGCGGAGCGGCGCACAAGUGGUAUCGCUGAGGCGAAUGGGACAAGUUGAUGCAUAGUGCUUGGGGACUGCAUUGGGCUGGCGUUGACAUCUGGGACAUGUGUAUUAUGGUUCGGCGUUACGGGUGCAGAGAUACGAAUCAGGGGCAUAUUCAUG